AUGGCGAGCACGGCGACGGCAGAGGUGGACAAGCAGCUGCGUCUGCUCAUGCCGACGGUUAGAAUACCCAACUCUACUAACAUACAUAGCGUGUUACCACCCUCUCCCGCCAAUGUACCGACGCGUUCACCUCGCUCGAAACAACCCUCCGGCAAACUUAUACGUUCCCGGUCCGGCUCAGCGGCGGCGACGAUGGAAAAGGGUGCCAUGGCUGUAGACGUAGAGGGCGAUGGAGAACGUUGGAUUGGCCUCAAGUCCCGCUUUGAGAUCGUCGUGGAGCGCAUGGAGUUGACGGGUUACCAAGUCUACGCAGUCGAGAAAUGGGUCGUCGAACGCAACCGACCUCUGGAUACCCCUUCUCCAUCCGUGCAUCUCUUUGAUGCCGCAGGGGCUAUUAUACAGAUCGUCGUCACCGCACUGAGUCCGAUGGCGGAGUUGUCAUAUUUAGAGGCGGUGGACGAAUUCACCGCCGCGGUUCAGCAUCUCCGAAAGCAGAUCCAACAAGGAACCCUCAUGGUCACUUCUCUGGCUCACUUUCGCUCGGACUACACCAUAGUCCAUAUACCUGACGGGGAUUUCCUUGCCGUUCAAGACAGAUUAUAUUCAAAUAUAAAUCUCCUUCGUAUGGGAUGUAGUGGUCGAGGUGCAGUCACGCUCGAUGAACCAAGCGAAACGACCAAGGAGCGUUUCAAGUCCAUGUAUCUCUUCUCGGAUGCACCCCCUCCGGCGAGUGCGUACAGGUCGAUGACGCAUUCUCGCACCCACUCCCGCGCAUAUUCGCAUCCAGUGACGUCGCUUUCCCUCUCGACAGCUGCUGCGGAGGGACCGCAUUUCCCCGUCAGUUCUAAUCAACCCAGCGUCGUCAGUCUCCAUCACUCCAAUGCAUCCCAAACGAGCGCGCUGAUGACGAACUACUUCAUCGCGGAAUCCAUAUUUCGUCUUGCUGCACUCGCUAUUUGUGGACUGUUCCCAUUGCCGUCUCCGCCUAUACUUAGGCCCAUGUUUGAUGGCUUGCUGUGUGAUGUAACUGUAGAGGGAAUAAGAAGAUGGGGAGCCGAGAUCGGCGAGAAAGUCCCUGGGUUUGAGGCAACGGAACGAAUAGCAGAUCCCAAUAUGAUUUCAUUACUGCUUUCUUUCGUGCUAUCUGCCCGAAACAAACUUUGUACCCUAGUACAAGGCGUUCCAAAGGAUCCCUUCCUGCAUCCUCACGAGUUCCUCGUUGCCCUCGCUUCAUAUGCGCAAUCACAAUCCUUAGGUGGGUACUCAAGUGCGACCCAGCUCACGGGUCCUGCGCUCGUCCCUGCCGCACCAUUGCCUUCUGCCACGGCUUUCAGCUUGUCCAAUAGUGUGGGUUCGUCCGGGUCUUCCACAGACGCCAGUGCCAGCCUGAACCCAUACGGCUCCAGUGCGGCCAAAGUGUACCUUACGUUUCUUCUCCACACCACGAUGCUCUCCGCACACGAGAAGCUCCGGCACGCAGAUUCACGGCGCGUGCACAGGGUGCUCUUAUCAAAGCUGGAUGUCGGCCCGACGUCGGAGGAGGACGCAACGGAUGAGGAGAAGAAGGGGUUAGGAGGAAGAGUGAUGGGCCUUGUCUCGCGCACGAGUGUGGGUGCUGGAGGUAUUAUUAGUCCCAUCGCAGAUCUGGGGUCACUGAUAAGGAUCGUACUGAGCGGACGGGACCGAGACAGAGAGCGCGAGAAGGACAGGGGGAGCAGAGAUACGGAGAGCUGGAAGGAGCAUAUGGAUGUCAUGGACGAGAAGGAAAAGGUAGCGGGGAGUGUGAGAGCACUAUGGGGUGGGAAGGUGGAGGCGCUAGUGAGGAUGCGAGAGCGAGCUGAAGGAAAGUGGGCGCGUCUAGUGCGCAAUGAACGGGAAAGGGAACGCGAUGCAAACUGGAAGGAUAAGGACAGGCCGACACUGAGCGAUAUCGAGGAUCCUGCGGUGAAGAGCAACGGGGAGGACGAGUUGGCGUUUGGAGGGGCGUGGUCCGGAAAGGUGCAGAAGAAAUUGGAAAUGUGGGCAGGGAUAAACCGGUCGAAGCGCUCGGUAGACUUGCCUGGACUAGGGAAGUUCUCGGGUCGUGCGUCGUCCGUUGCGAUCCCAUUGUCUGCACAAUCUUCCUCAUCCGGACACGUCUACCCUGCGUCUGAAGUAAAAGGUUUGGGCAUCUCUACGCACGCCCUCCCGCAAGACGGUGGGGCAAAUGAUGAAGAUGAGCUGCCCAGUAGCGGACAGGUGUCACCUAUAUCCAUCUCACGCUCACAUCAUCCGUUCAUGCUAGCGGAGUCUGCAGAUGUAAGCUCUGCGAACCUCGCUGGGAUGGGCAUGCCGAAGCAAUCUAGUGGCGAACAUGCACAGGAGCCUAGAGGAACCGGCAGUGCGCAAGCACCAAGUGUAAGAGGAGAGCCCUGGUUGGGACCUGGCAAUUGCAGAUUGCCGGUCCGGGAGAGACAGGAGUUGGAUCGAGGGAUUAAGAAGAGGUGCGGAAGGGUCCUUGAAGAAGAGAUUCGGAAGCAUGGGAGAAGGCUCUGCCGGCGACACACUUUCCAUGAUCUGGACUCUGUCAGACAUACUCCUGUGUUGCGUGUGGAGUGGAUGCAAAUAGACGUGGAGUUGUGUGGUCAAAUUCUUGUCAUGCGGAGACGGGAGGCCCAUUUAGAAGGAGUGAUGAAAUGUCUCGAGUAUUUUACAAACACGCUCUCGCACACUAAUGCUUCCCUCCGGACGGCAUACGAAAAUCACGAUUCUAUCAUCAAAACGCUCACGAGGACAGUCGCUACCCAAGGUGCUUUAUCAUCACAAAGCGCUUAUACAAGCACGUCGACGACAGCCCCUCCGAGGUCGCUUGCUGCGAUCCUGCAGAUGUUCCCCCCUCUCCCCCCCGUCGCGGCACUUCAGUACGAGACGGCGCAGUUGCGUGUGGGAGAGAUGUGGGCAAGUACACGUGCACUGCGGGCGAAGGUUUGGGAGUUGCGUGCGAAGGUAUUCGGUGAUGGGACUACAACCUCGGCUAAUACGGGAAUCGGUGCCAUUAGUGCACCGAGUCGACUGCGACGGAGAUCGAGCAGGAUCAGAGACCGGGAUAGAAGACUUGUACAGUGGACGCUGGAUGGGAACAAGCGGCUUGUGGACGCGAGCGGGAGGACAGAACAGGAUGUAGAAGAGGAUAGGCGUGCUGGAGGUUCUGAUACCGACAACGAGUCGUUCUAUGAAGGUGAGCGGACGGAGACGGAGAGCGAAGGCGGGCACGACGAUGUCUCUGGUCGCGCGGAGGAUGAGGAAGAGGAGGAAGAGGAGCGCCAAUGGGUGAUGCCGAUGUGGUUAUUAAGAGUGUUGACGAGUUGGGGAUCGCGACUUGGGUUUUCGCGACGCAUAGGACCAGGAGCGCAGGCCAGCGUGGUCAGUGUUGGGGAUAUGCCCGGCGACUCGGCAGAGAGCUAA